AUGACAAUCGACAAGUCUUGGACCACUUUGCGAAAUCGUAGAUGUCCACAAUAUUGGGAUGGUCUAAAUGCAUUUUUAGAGAUGGCCUCGAAAUGUAAAGAUUGUGAUGGUAGGAUUAGGUGCCCUUGUGUAAGAUGUGUGAACAAUAGGCUUCAAACUUUACCUGUUGUGAAAGCACACAUAUUCGAUUGGGGUUUUUUUACUGGUUACGAGAAGUGGACAUACCACGGGGAAGCAGAAUCUAGUGCCACUAAUGCAAUGAACGACCAUGAUGCCGCUGAUGAUGAUCCUGAAAUUGACGAGAUGAUUCCAAUAGUGGAUGACUUCCUUCAGCCGUCAUUCGAAAUGGAUGAUAAUCCUGAUGCAAAUCAAUGGCGCGACGAAUUAUUUGAAGAAAUUGAGGCCGAGUUGUAUCCUGGUUGUGAUUGGAUAUCUUCUCUUAACUUUUUGGCAAAAUUAUUGCAUUUGAAAGUUAGGGGAAAAAUUCCUAACAACAUAUUUGAUGAAUUACUGAAGUUACUAAAAUUUGCUUUUCCAAAGGAAAAUAAAAUUCCAUCAAACUAUUAUGAUGCCAAGAAAAGAUUGAAAAAAUUAGGAUUGGGGUAUGAGUCAAUUCAUGUGUGCAAGCACAAUUGCUGUUUAUUUUAUAAUGAACAUGCAAAUGAAGAUUCAUGUCCAGUCUGUGGCACUAGUAGAUGGAUAACUUCAGAAAAUUUAGGAGCAAAAAAGGUGCCUCAUAAGGUGAUGCGUUAUUUUCCGUUAAUUCCGCGACUGAAAAGACUGUAUACUUCAAGGCAUACGGCGAAAUACAUGGUAUGGCACCACAGUGGUAAAUCAAAAGAUGAGGGUGUGAUGCGACACCCUGUGGAUGGUGCAGCGUGGAAAGACUUUGAUGCCAAACAUCCUGAUUUUGCUAGUGAACCUCGAAAUGUUCGUCUCGGUUUAGCUGCCGAUGGCUUUAAUCCAUUUGGCAAUAUGAGCCAAGCUUACAGUAUGUGGCCUGUAGUUUUGGCGAACUAUAAUCUUCCACCUUGGUUAUGUAUGAAAGAUAAUAAUUUUAUGUUGACCAUUCUAAUUCCUGGAGAUAAAUCACCCGGAAUGGACAUAGACAUAUUUUUAAGACCCUUGGUGGAUGAGUUGAAGGAGUUGUUGUUGCUAUAUUUUUAA